AUGCUGAUUCUCAUUGCUUCGUGCCUUGUGUUGGCAUGGCACACCGCGUUCCCCAGUGAGGUGAAGUAUGUUGAUGACUUGAUGCUCGGGGUGGAGGAUUUGUGGAGCGAGUGGAGCGUGGAGGACUUGAAGAUGGUGCCAAGCUUGAUUGACACAGUGGUGCCUCCCAAGCUCGGAAGAGCACUGGACUUUGGGCAGUGCUUGAUUCAACUUCAACCUGUAUUUGCUCUCAAAAUGGAAGACAGCCAAGCGCAAGACUUUGCGUCAAGGUUGUGUACUUGUGCGGUGGCAGACGCCUUCUCAUCGGUCGAAGUUCUCGAGAACUUGAAGAAAGAAGCAAAGUGCAUAUCCUUUCAUCGCGAGGAUCAAGACGAAUUGCGUUCUUGCUUGCUACCCAUUUGCCCCGACGCAAUCAAACGUUCAAGUUUUGAAGUGUCAACUUAG